AUGCUGUUAACGUUUCUUUAUAUGAUAGCCACCAUUAUGCAAGCUCGGAGGAUAUCAUUUCUGAAUGUACAAUUAAAUUCCGUCUUUAAUGAAUGCAAGCGACGUCCUUCUCUUACGUUUAGGAUUAAAUUACCCCGGCACAUAAAUAAAGAUCGUGAUGGAUACGACAAUGACAAAUUUUUGACUUCUCAUUUAUGUACUAACAAGAAUCGUGCAAAACUUGAUGACUUAUUGUGGUACCAAGAUAAUGCUAAAAUGUAUACUAUAUAUCCUCAACAAAAAAUUGACUUAUGUAACUGGCUGGCCUAUCCAAGUGAAAAGUCAUCGUUUCCAUUGUAUGCAAGUAGUAAUUACUGGCAGAUUUCAAGUAAAUCUGAGAAGUUGCAUAUUCUUGUCGAAGUUGAUCUUGAAACUUAUGGAUCUCAGGCCUCAACAAGUUCUGCAAAACUUGAGGAUUAUGGUCUAAUCAUGGCAUGGACGACAUCUGAUAGAAAUAUGACCUUUACUUUAGAAACGGAUUUAGAACAUCUUACGAACUUACUAACUGGGAUUAUGUGGGGACAAUAUUACGUUAAUAAUGGCUUAUUUGUAACACGUGUUCAAUCUGUUUUGGUAUCGGGAGACCCAAUUAUUUACAGUGACACUGGACAUCUCGAUCCACCACCAGAUAAAAAUGGUUUUUAUGCAUUAUGCAAUGCAGCUCGAAUAGCUCUCCAACAAAAUAAGCCUAAAGAUGCUGCAGGAUGUGAUGUACAGUCACAAGAUAAAAAUGUAAACAAUGAAACAUUUACAGAAGAAUUUUUUGCAGAAGCUAUGAAAGGCGCUAAGUCAUCUAAUUCUGCACCAACAACGCGUAAUUCGUCACCAACUGAAGAACAUAUAGGAUCUAUAAAAUAUCCAUAUAACUUGAAACUUCCAGAUGAUGUGCUUUUUGCCGUUACUGGUGCAGCACGAAAAUCUGAUUUAACCAAUGUUCAUUUACCUGACGAUUUGGAGAAGAAAGACAAUACUGAAAAAUCUACAAAUAUUGAUAACAAGUCUACUCGAGAAACUGCUGCUAAAAAUUCUGGAGAAGGAAAAGAAAACUCCAAUAAAGUGAAUAAACCACCAAAUGUACUCAUCUGUGCAGAUACUCUAGGCGCGACUGACAGUUUAGAGAAUUUAUUAUUAAAAGUGCUGGAACGAGAUAGGUAUUGCAUCCACGUAUUAUAUAAAGGGGACUAUGAUACAUACAAAAUUUGGAUGGAUGAAGUUUCUUUAGUUGUUCUUUGCGGUAAUGUUUGUGCGGAGUUUGCUGCUCAACUUAUAGAAUAUAUUAUACAGGGUGGUAAACUCCUAGCUUUAUGCUCUGACAUGCUGCACAUUUUGCUGCCAUCAUUCAAGACUGCAGAAGUGCGUGAAAAUGAACUCGUUCAUUUUUCGUACGGUAAAUGGAAACGAGUACGUAUGAUGCAUCACAUUUUUUGCUACCACGCAUCCCCUGUACGAACUCGUUUUUCUCAAGACCAUGAAGAUACAAAGGCGCCUGCAUUGAAUUUUCCAACGUCGAUUAACGUUAAAGAUAAAAAAGGAAAUUUAUAUUCACUUAAUGUGGAAGUAUUAGGUAGAGAAGAAACGUGGCAAAGUCCAAGCAUAUUGCUUGCAACUCUGCCUAGUAGUGGUGGUAAAGUGGUGUUCUCCCAAAUACAUUUGGAAAUGGAUCCAAUGCAAUUUGUAUAUGAGGGGAAUAAAUUUGACGUGCUGAAAAGCAGUAACGUUGCACGUUUAGAAAUAAUCAGCGACUUACUAGGCACACAUUUGGGACUAGAUAUAAAUCGUGAUACAAGUCAUUUUGUAGAUUCAAAUCCAAUAUCUGUGCAAUACACUCCAGGUUAUUUUUUAGGUAAAUUUGAGAUGAAGAUGAAGAUGCUUGAAAAACUACAUAUUGAUAUGAAAAAGAAUAACACAUUAAAUAUGUCAGAAAUGGAAAUUGAAUUUUGCGCAAACAACGAAGAUGCGCAUUUACCAUCUGUUAAUUUUUUUCCUAUUAUGAUGCAUAUGUGUCCGCCUAAUUUCUCGACCGUAGAGUAUUUUGAGAAUCUUUAUACAAAGGAAUUGGGUCGUUUAGUAAUAUAUACGGAUAUUUUAAGAUCAUCUAUGAAAGCAAUUGACACUAAAUUGGAACAUGGACUGGCAGUUAUUCCACGACAACAAUCACAUGGAAAAGGGCGAUAUAAUAAUAAAUGGCUCAGUCCCAUAGGUUGUGCCAUGUUUACUUUACAAGUACACAUUCCUUUAAUGUCUAGUUUCGCUCGUUAUGUCUCACUUCUUCAACAUAUCGCUGCCGUAGCACUUGUAUCAGCUGUAAGAUCUAUUAAGGGAUAUGAGGAUAUUGAUCUCAGAAUAAAAUGGCCUAACGAUAUAUAUGUUGGCAAUUCGAUCAAGAUUGGUGGUAUACUCGUUUCUACACAGGCGGGAGAUGGUGGAGCAACGUAUGUUUGCAAUAUCGGUGCUGGUGUAAAUCUUUCCAAUAGUAAACCCACUACUUGUAUUAAUGAUACAAUUCUGCAAUAUAAUCAAAAAUACGGUACAAAACUGGAAAUGUUCUCUUAUGAAAAAUACUUGGCAUUAGUGUUCAAUGAAAUGGAAAGUUUAUUAGAUGCUGUACAAAGUGGCAACACAGAGAACUUCUACAAACUCUAUUACAAAUAUUGGUUGCACACGAAUGCAAAUGUUGUAGUAACGAGAAUAAAUGGAAGAAGAGAAAGGGUUAGGAUAUUAGGCAUCGACGAGUAUGGAUAUUUGUUAGUGCAAGGAAGGAAGAGUAUGUUUUCUGUACAUUCAGAUGGAAACAGUUAUGAUAUGUUCAAAGGGCUAAUAGUACCAAAAUAAAGAAACUAUAUAUAUUCGUUAAUUGUUGCCGGAAAUUAUAUCUACAUGUUAAAAUAUGAAUAAUAAAUGUGUAUAUAAACGUAUAGUCUUGUAUACUUAGUAUGUGUGCACACGCAUCAUGUAUUACAUACAUAUACUUGUACAUACGUACAAGUAUAUUAUAUAUAAAUAUAAUAUAAAGCUUCUAUACAUAUAUAUAAACGUAUGAACAUAUGUAUAAGCUUCAUGUUAUAUAUGUAUAUACAAGAGUAUGUGUAUAUGAGUAUAUAAAAUUAUACGCGCGCGCAUACACACACCCACACACGGAGCACGCAUAUAUGUUCAUUGCAUAUUUAUCAUAGUUAAUAAAUACACUAGUUAUGUUUGUUAUGUUUAGAGAAAUAAUUUAUUUUACAUUAUAUAUGAUUAUUUCAUGUUUGAUGCUCUCUAUAUACUCUACACGCGUAUUGUCUAUAUACGCGAAAUGGAGUAAUUGUACUGUUUAUGUAAAAGAAACAUUUGUAA